GGUCCAGGAGCGCUGGCCAAGCCAGGAGGCCACGCCCGGCUCUCUGGGCACCUCCCUGGAGAGGCCGGCUUCGGGCCCCCGGAGGGGAACUCCAUUGCUCAUUGACACCCACUUCCUUGGUGGACUCUUGGUUCUCUUCCUGGAGCCAGAUUUGGGGAGAAUUUUUUUUUUAAGGAUUUUAUUUAUUCAUGAAACACAGAGAGACAGAGAGAGAGGCAGAGACACAGGCAGAGGGAGAAGCAGGCUCCACGCAGGGAGCCCGACGUGGGACUCGGUCCUGGGACCCCGGGGUCACGCCCUGGGCCAAAGGCGGAGGCUCCACCCCUGAGCCACCCAAGUGUUCCCCAGAUUGGGGGAGAAUUUUUAACCCAAGGGUGUCAGCCAGAGCAAAACAAGCCUCAAGUUUGUUGUUCCUGCUGGGACUCGAAAUCCUGCGCUGCCCUGGAUCCCACAAAAGUGACUGAAAAGCCACCUUCACGGCUUGGGUGACACAUUUUCUCUCUGCAACAAAGAGCAGAUGACCUUCUGGGGAAAUCAUGUUAAUGGAAAUAAGCAUAUGUCUCCAGAUCCAAAAGCCAGAACUUACGGGGCAAUGAUAAAAGAAAUCAGAGGAGGGAGAGAGAGAGCCAGAGAGCACAAGAAGGGGGAAUGGCAGAGGGAGAAGGAGAAACAGGCUGCCUUGAGCAGGGAGCCUGACCCAGGGCUCGAUCCCAGGACCCUGGGACCAUGACGGGAGCAAAAGGAGAUGAAGAAAGAAGGAGAAAGUUGGGUCAGCCCUGCCAAAGCAGGAUACACAAAAUAUGGAACUGCGAGUACAAUAAUUUGAGUGAGCUGCAACAGCAUUAUAAGGAUGGUUCAAGGGCGGAGGAGUUUGCAACAACCUGUGAUCUUCAAACCUGCAAGCUGGCCCAGAUUCCACUGGGUCAGCUCAGUGCUGACCUGCGCAAGCUGGCUGUCAAUAUGAUCCCCUUCCCCUGCCUGCACUUCUUCAUGCCUGGCUUCGCCCCACUGACCAGCCGAGGUAUCCAGCAGUACCGGGCCCUGACAGUGCCCGAGCUCACCCAGCAGAUGUUUGAUGCUAAGAACAUGAUGGCUGCCUGUGACCCCCACCAUGGCCGCUACCUGACUGUGGCUGCAGUAUUCAGGGGCCGCAUGUCCAUGAAGGAGGUGGACGAGCAGAUGCUGAACGUCCAAAACAAGAACAGCAGCUACUUCGUCGAGUGGAUCCCCAACAACGUGAAAACAGCUGUCUGUGACAUCCCAGCCCGGGGGCUAAAGAUGUCCGCCACCUUCAUCGGCAACAGCACAGCCAUCCAGGAGCUGUUCAAGUGCAUCUCAGAGCAGUUCACGGCCAUGUUCCGGCUCAAGGCCUUCCUACACUGGUACACGGGUGAGGGCAUGGACGAGAUGGAGUUCACAGAGGCCAAGAGCAACAUGAAUGACCUGGUGUCUGAGUACCAGCAGUACCAAGACUCCAGGGCCGAGGAGGAGGCGGAGUUCGAGGAGGAGGCGGAGGAGGAGGUGGCCUAGAGCUGACACCUGGUAAAGCGCAUGGAAGCUGUGUGAACUCUUUAUUCGCUCACAACCUGUUCUCUGAUAGCCGUGUCUCUGUGUGCACUCGCUCUUUUUCCUGUCUGGACGUCACAUGCUGUACAGAUGCCACCAUUAAAGCAUUUUCAUAGUGUCAA